AUUAUGUGUGACGUCACAUCCGUGUAGGAAGUGAUCAACAGGCGCGUGUGUUCCAGCUCCAAGGUGAAACCGGAAGUAUGAGCGUAUCUCAGCUGUGUCAGGUGUGUGUCCGCCGGCCGCUGUGGACGUGUUUGACCCGCCGGGUCUCCGGACCCUCCGGACCCGGGUCAGUCCGAGGUCUGAUCCGGCAGUGGAGCAGCAGAGACCGUGGAAGAGUCCGGAGCUGCACCGUGGACCCGAACCUGGAGGAGCAGUUCGUGUUUGUGGACUACACAGAUCUAGAGGACGACCCACAUCAGGAGAAGAAGCUGCUCGACCAACUGAGCUUCACAGCCCCCCCCCUUCCUGUCCCCCCUCAGAAAUACCUGAGGUCUCUGGAACGUCAGCUGCAGGGGUUGAGGGGCGGGGCCCCGCAGGAGACGAACCCUAACUCUCUGAUCCAGUUCCAGGACAUUGACUUCCCACUGGAUGAAAACCUGGUGGCUGCAAAGACCAAGAGGAAGAAGGCGGCGGCGGCGGCGGCAGGUAAAGGUGAGCAAAAGAUCUUCGGGUCUCCGGAUGUGGAUGAGCCGGUCAGUGACACCUGCUGCUCAGGCUGCGGAGCCGUGCUGCACUGCACCGCCGUCCAGGCCCCCGGGUACUUGCCCAGUGAGAAGUACAAGGCCCUGCUGCAGGAGGGGGGUCUGCGUAGCGCCAUCUGUCAGCGUUGCCACCUGCUCACCUACCACCACAAGGCGCUGCACCUGGAAGUGUCCAAAGACCAGUACCGGGCGGUGGUGCAGCAGAUCCGACCCCUUCAGGUCCUGGUGCUGCUCAUUGUUGACCUGCUCGACCUCCCCGACUCCAUCAUCCCCGACCUGCCUGAGCUGGUUGGUACCAACAAACAUGUGGUUGUCCUCGGCAACAAGAUCGACCUGCUACCCAGGGACUCGCCCGGCUACCUGCGACGAAUCAAGGGUCAGCUCGCCCAGUACUGUCAGGUGGCCGGCUUAGGGGGCCAGGUCACCGACAUCCACCUCGUCAGUGCCAAGACCGGGUACGGCAUCGAGACGCUGAUAUCCAGCCUGCAGAGGUCCUGGAAGUACAAAGGUGACGUGUAUCUGGUUGGGAGCGCCAACGCAGGAAAGUCGACCUUGUUCAACACGCUGCUGGAGUCCGACUACUGCAAGUCCAAGGCCUCCGAGGUCAUCCACAAGGCCACCAUAUCGCCCUGGCCCGGGACGACUCUGAACCUGCUGAAGUUUCCCAUCAUCAACCCGACACCGUACAGAAUGUUCAGGCGACAGAAACGACUGAACAAGGCGUCGCAACUGACGGAGGACGAGCUGUCGCAUGUCGAGCAGACGAGAAUGAGACGGUUCAGCAGGCAAGGCUACGUAGUGGGUCGUGUUGGCAGAACAUUCCGUGCCGAGGUCGGAUCCGGACCAGGUGAGAUCCAGUUUGAUCCUGACAGUUUGGCGUUUGGAGAAAAUGAAGACGGAGAACGGACGACAGGUACCAUCAGGACGCCCGAGGAGUUGAGCUAUAACGAGCUGAAGGACGCUCACUGGUUGUACGACACGCCGGGGAUCAUGAAGGACGACGACAUCCUCAGCCUGUUGACCGAACAAGAAGUGAGGUCAGUGGUUCCCACGUCGGCCAUCGUCCCACGGACGUUUGUUCUGAAGCCUGGUAUGAGUCUGUUUGUGGGGGGCGUGGCCAGGAUCGACUUCCUGCAGGGUCAGAAGUCCUGCUGGUUUUCAGUCGUGGCAUCCAGUCGUCUCCCGGUUCAUGUCACCAGUCUGGACAAAGCAGACAGCCUUUACGCAAAACAUGCAGGACAUGUCCUGCUGGGGGUGCCCGCGGGCGGGGCGGAGCGGAUGAAGGAGUUCCCCACGUUAGUGCCUCAGGAGUUCAGGUUGGAGGGUCGAGGUUACCUGGAGGCGGCUGCUGACGUCAAACUGUCAUCUGCAGGUUGGGUCGCUGUGACGGCGGUGGAAGGUGAUCAGGUGAUACUGAGGGUUCUUAGUCCUCUGACGGCGGGUUUCAGUCUGAGGACGCCACCGAUGCUUCCUCACAUCGUCUCUCUGAAAGGAGAACGCAUCCGAAAAUCCGCCGCCUACAAAUUGAUGAAGCCUCCAGGGCUAAUGGACGAUGGCGUGUCGGCCAGAGGAGCCAAGAGGCAGCCGGUGAAGAGGAAGUGAAACUGCAGAUGGACACAGGAGACGGAGAACGGGACGCCUUUUUAAAAAAAAAAAGCCUUUAUUUAAAAUUGGAGCAGAAUAAAGUAUGAAGUUAGUGUUUGUUAGAGCUCCCCCUACCUGCAGACGGAGAAAACAGUGAUGUCACUGGAAACUAAACGCUGACGUCUCAAAGGAUUCAUGAGGUUCUGUUUGACUGUUUAAAUUUGAAAGUCACAUCUGUGGUGUUUUAUUUUGAAAGUCCUCUAGUGAAACGUUUUCUAUUUGAUGGAUUUGAUUUUAGUUUUGCCAAUAAUCAAUCAACCGAUGUAACGACAGUUGAUAAUAAAAAGGUCAAAUUACA